AGCAUCCUUUUUCUCUAUAAAUUCAUGCAAUGCUUACCAUUCUUCUUUAAUAUAUAAUUACAAUUAGACUUCAAGAUUCAGGAAUACCUCGAGUUUGAGAGACAAUCAUGUCAAGCACUGCAGGUCAAGUGAUUAGAUGCAGAGCUGCCGUUGCAUGGGAAGCAGGGAAGGCAUUAGUGAUUGAAGAGGUUGAUGUGGCUCCUCCUCAAGCAAUGGAAGUUCGCCUUAAAAUACUCUAUACCUCUGUCUGUCGUAGUGAUAUUUAUUUUUGGGAAGCUAAGGGCCAAAUACCAUUAUUUCCUCGUAUUUUUGGGCAUGAAGCUGCAGGAAUUGUUGAGAGUGUUGGAGAUGGAGUUACUGAUCUUAAACCCGGUGAUCAUGUCAUUCCGGUGCCCAGCGGAGAAUGUAAGGAGUGUAUACAUUGUAAGUCCAAGGAGAGCAACAUAUGUGAUCUUCUCAGGGUAAACUUAGGCCGGGGAGUGAUGAUCAGUGAUGGGCAAUCCAGGUUCUCCAUUAAUGGAAAACCGAUAUACCAUUUUGUCGGAACAUCGACAUACAGUGAGUACACUGUUGUUCAUGUUGGUUGUGUUGCAAAGAUCAACCCUUUGGCUCCUCUUGAUAAAGUUUGCAUUCUUGGUUGUGGCAUUUCAUCAGGUCUUGGUGCUGUUUUUGAAUGUAGCAAAAACCACCAAAGGGAUCAUCAGUUGCUGUUUUUCGGCCUUGGAGCUGUUGGACUUGCGGCCGCCGAAGGGGCGAGGAUUUCAGGGGCUUCGAGAAUUAUCGGUGUUGAUGUGAACCCGAAAAAAUUCGAUCAUGCAAAAAAUUUCGGUGUCAGCGAGUUUGUAAACCCAAAAGAUCAUGAUAAACCUGUUCAAGAGGUUAUUGCCGAGAUGACAGGUGGGGGAGUUGAUCGGAGUAUUGAGUGCACCGGUGAUGUUGAUGCAAUGAUAUCUGCAUUUGAAUGUGUUCAUGAUGGUUGGGGUGUUGCUGUUCUGGUUGGAGUGCCGCACAAAGACGCCGUCUUUAAGACACAUCCUAUGAAUCUGCUGCAUCAGAGGACACUUAAAGGAACCCUCUUUGGAAACUAUAAACCGCGAACCGAUCUUCCUGCUAUAGUGGAGAAGUAUAUGAACAAGGAGCUAGUACUGGAGAAAUUCAUCACUCAUGAAGUGCCAUUCGCCGAGAUCAACAAGGCUUACGAGUUUAUGCUCAAUGGUGAUAGUCUCCGCUGCAUCAUUCGCAUGGAUGGUUGAUCUGAUUACCUUGGAAAAGCUAGAAAACGUACAAUUCAAAGUAGGCUAAUUAAAUGCCUACUAGUGGUACCUUUCUCAGCUUUCCCAUGUAGUGCCCCUAAUAUAGAAUAAAACCAAGGGCAUUAUUGUCAUGAAAAAGAGUCAUGUAUGUCUAUAUAUAAGAGUCAGUUAGAUACUAAGCAAGAACUAGAGAACUUCUCUUGGAACAUGAGUGUGGUACUCCAAUAAGCUUCUUAUCAAUAAAAGUCAGUUUCUCUUUCAUAAAUAAAAUUAGCAAUAGUAGAUUUCUUUUC